CACGCCGUUUCCUCACGCCUGCAUUCCUCCCUUAUUAUGAGAAGGAUUACUCAUUGUCGCCCGCAAAAAUUUCCCUUUGUUUUCGGUAUGCGCGAAAAUAUCGGAAGUUACAGUACCGUCCCGCGCUCUAUUGUCAGUUUGUCAAAGCAAGGUCCAUGCAGGCAGAUAAGCGUGGGUUGGUGCUGUCUCUUGGAGGGUGAAUUCAGAGCGUAGCGCCUUGCACUCGUUUGGUAAAUAGCUCUUGUUCUGUGCUGGUAAGGAGAGAAACGGUGUAUUGUGUGGUUGUGUAGAGGCCUAGGUAGGACUUGUUUCAGUGUUUGCACGCUCGAUUCAGUAUUAGGGGUGCUUCUAUAGCCCGCAAGAUCGGUUUCGCCAGAGUAGGGUUGGAUUUCCUUCGCUCUUGUUGACGAAUUCAGUGAGUGACGGAUUGUGUUUAGGUACGUACGGGGGACGCUGGCCGGUGCUACAUUUUUGCGCUGAAGUGUAAUUCGGUGGGUGAGCGACUGUUUGACGUAUCGAUCGGUGAGCUCGCUGCGUGUGUUGUGCGCGGCGGAUAAACCGUGUACAGGGAGAGGCUCUGUGACCCACAAGCAAACGCGUGUGGCGUGCGGCUGUGUAACCAACCGUUGGACUGUGAGCCCAUCCGGCGGCGGCAGUGAAGAAAACGCCCUACACCCGGUCUCGUACUUAGUAGUAGUUCAGAGCGUUAGUCAGGUUGCAAGCGACGUACUGUAAACAUGUCUACCAACGGGGUGAACGCCGAUAUCCUCAAGCUCUCUCUCGGCCUGAUCAACUACAAGAACAAGUACCUGACCGCUGAGAUCUUCGGCAACAAGGUCAACGUCACGGGCAACAGUCUGAAGAGAAAGCAAACCUGGAUCAUCGAGCAGGACCCCGAGGGGGAGUCGGUGUACCUUCGGUCUCACCUGGACCGCUUCCUGACGUCGGACCGCCACGGGAACGUGUCGUGUGACGCCGAGGAGCCGGGGAAGGAAGAGAAGUUCCUGAUCGAGCCGUACGAGGAUGGCCGCUGGGCGUUUCGGAGCAUGGCGCACGGCCUGUACCUGAGCGGUAACGGCGAGAACAUGCGCUGCUUCAGCAAGAUGGUCGGCAAGGAGGAACUGUGGACCGUGCACCUCGCCAUGCACCCCCAGGUCAACCUGAAAAACGUCAACCGCAAGCGGUACGCACGCUGGAGCGAGGAGGACGAAGAGCUUCGCGUCGACAUGAACCACCCCUGGGGAGACGACGCCCUAAUCACCUUAGAGUUCAGAAACGGAAAGUACGCCAUCAAAACGUGCAACAAUAAAUAUCUCCACCGCGACGGGCGUCUGGUGGACGAUUCCAGCGAUGACACCGACUUCACCCUGGAGUUUCGCUCGGGGAAGAUCGCCCUGAAGGACCGCAUGGGCAAGUACCUGACGGCGGUGGGGGGAACGGCCACGAUGAUGACACGCAACAACAAACCGGGGAAGGACGAACUCUUUGUCCUAGAGGACAGUCAUCCUCAAGCGGUCUUCGUCGCCAACAACGGACGACUCGUCUCUGUUAGACAAGGAGUGGACGUUGCAGCCAACCAGGACUUUGAUGAGGAGAGAGGGGAGAGCGACCUGGAAACGUUUCAGAUGGAGAUUGACAAGGAGUCGGGCAAGUGGUCCGUCCGCACCAACAACGACAAGUUCUGGACGCUAAAAACUGGCGGGAACUCCGGUAUCCAGGCAACGGGGUCACAGAGUGCUUCCCCCGACGCGCAGUUUGAAAUCCACUGGUUGGGACGACAGAUCGCCUUCCAGGCGAGCAACGGACGUUUCGUAGCGACGAAGCUGAACGGGCAGCUAGCGGCCACCGCCGACGACAUCUCCGACGCCUGCAAGUUCACGUUCAAACUCGUCAACAGACCACUGCUGGUACUGAGAGGACCACACGGGUUUGUGGCGGUUGGGAAGGGAGACAGACUGGAGUGCCACCAUGCAGAUUACGGCAUCUUCGAAAUGAUCAACAACGAUGGAGCUUACCAGCUGAAAGGUCAAGACGGAAAGUUCUGGAAGAUGGAAGGCGAGAACAACGUAGCGAUGUCGACGGAGGGCGGUACAGACUUCCUGAUCGAGCUCCGCGAGCACAGCAAGUUCUGCAUCCGGGCACCGAACGACAAGUACCUGCGAGGGGAGCAGAACGGCCAGUUCCGGGCCACCGGCACAGAAGUCAACAAAGAAACACUGUGGGAAUAUUAGAGAACAGGCACCAUGAUAGGAUAGCUGGAAAACUUUGAUAUAAGGCACGCAGCUUGUAGUUG